CUCGCCUACAGUUAUCAGGAAGAACUUUGCUCUAGAUAACGAGAUCUUUAAUGCUCUUUAUCCCGAUGUUUAUUGUCCAGUAAGUCAAGUUUGAAUUCAGCUUCUGUCUAAUUUUCGUUUCAUCUCUCUGUUCAUUUUAUUUAAUGCAAACUGCAUUAUUCCGUUUUAGUUUAUUCAAUUUUCGUUUGGAAACUUAUCAUCAAGUAACGUUGUGGAUAGAUGGGAACGUUUCGAGGUAAAGAAUGUUUCAGCAAUAUUGAAUUGACAAAGCAUUAUAAAAAUAAUCAAGUGAAUUAUUUAAUUAGUUCUUAUAUCUAAAAUAUAUAGUUUAAAUAUUAAUUAUCAUAAAUUUUUAAAAGUUCUUUCAAAUACUUUUAUACAAGGAGCGGCGGGGAGGGGGCAACAGGGGCAGCCGCCCUGAUUUUAUAAUGUUUUAUAAGUUACUAAGCCAAAUGGCGCUUACAAUCUUAUGAAUCAGAAUGUAUGAUUCUGUAUGAGACAGCUAUAAGCAUACAUCUAACUGAUAUGGCUUUGAAUGCAUGGGCAUUUGGGUACUUACUUCAACAUGAGGUACUGUAUAUUACUUCCCCUCUGGUGAACAAAUUCUGCAUAUAACAGUGCAUUUUUUAAGGAUUCUUCAGUGGUGGGGCAAAACUGCCAAAGGGCCUAUUUUCCUUGCCCUCCCCCAGCAUAGUAUUCGAUCGCCGAAGGUGUGAGCAGAGUACCGCAGGUACGAGUUAGCUAGAGGGGGGGGGGGUUGAAGCUGGGGCCAUCCCCCUCCCAGGAAAUUUUUAAAAUUUGGGCCUCUGAAAUAGCAUUUCGUGCAUUCUGAGAACACAUUGAAAAACAUUUCAGCUUCUCAAAACAAAGUUUUAAUGGUGAAAUUUGUAAUAAAUUACAUGAUAAACAUUCAAACAUAACAUAAGUUUAAGUAUGCAAACCAACAAAUUUUGUUUUUUUAAACUUCUUUUCAAUGAUAAACUCAUUUACUCAAUACAGGUCCUAGGGCCCUGGCUUUGGGGCAAUAGGCCAUUUUUUUUCUUCAGUGGUGGGGCAGAGAAAGGGGCCCAGUGGGGCAAAUGCCCCACCAGUCCAUGGUAUUAAAAAAUGCCUUGGCAUACAUGGUGUCUUUUUACGUACUAUUUAACAGAUUUGGGGCUACUUGGCGUACAAAAGAAGUUACUUAAAUGAUGUUGAGGUAAUCGUCUUCAAAAUCUAAAAUGAAAAGUCCUGGUAUGUAAUUUUAUGGCAGGCGGCAGUUUUGAGCCGUUGCAUUCAGGACAUGUUGAUGACUCAAUCAGAUAAAAUAUACAAUUCUGUUUAAUUAUUAUUCCAGCUCAUCUGGAAUCCGAUGGAAGACCUCCUUCUAACAGUUUCUGAACGUAAAGAAUAUUACCAAGAUGUGAUCGUGCUGAAUAAGGUAACGAGAUGGAAAUAUUUCAGAUUACUGUGCUGGUGAGCUAGUGACAUGACGUCAUCCUUUCUUGUUUUCUCUUCAGACGUUUACAUUCAAAGAAAGGAAGGCCGAAAAUUCAACUUUUACCACUUCGUCAAGGUAAGAUAUAAUUAUAGUUAGCAUAAAAAUUAAAUCAGUAGACUUUACUUUUUAUUGGUAAAUACUGGUCAGGAUGUUGGGCAUAUCACUCGUGAUAGUACUGUUUGUUAAAGGAUUUUGUAUGUGUAAAUUUUAUACAUUUGUUAAACUUAACCAGGAGAGUGAGAUUUUCUUAUUAUAAUAUGUUUUUCCAGCUUUUCUGUGACUCUUCUUCCAAAACUCAACAGUAUGACAUGCAGGAGACCAUUUCAUAAGGUAUGUGCUUUUCCGGAUGACGAGGAGGCUUAUAUGCGUGAUAAAUUUAUGACCAAACAUUUAUAUAGAGAAGAUGAAAUAUAUCAAACAUUUUCUGUCUGAAAAUGCGGGAAAUCAAGCCCCCGAUGUUGGAAAGUUUCUGGGAAUAAUCCCCCAGCCCUCCUUAGGUAAAUGCUUUUUCCUUGCCCCCCCCCCCCACCUCCCCGGCAACCUCGUACCCAUGUUCUCAAUCUUGCUCCUACCUCGCUUGAAUUGAGACCCUGGUAUCGGCUGGUCACGUGGCCCGUCAUAUUUUGGCGGAUUUGCUAAUUUGUUUUUAGGGAAAGGAUAGUAACUGAGACGUUUUGUUUUGUAAUGUUAUUUUAACAAUAUUAAUGUUUACUACAAUAUCUACAAUAGCAAAUCCGCCAAAAUAUGACGGAUAACGUGACCAGCCGAUACCAGGGUCUCAAUUCAAGCGAGGUAGGAGUGAAGAUUGAGAACCUGGGUACGAGGUUGCCUCCCCGGCUCCCAUUACACCACUUAAUAGGAGCCAUGCUUUAAAUACACCCAUCUUUCUAGGUGUUUCAUUUUCAUGCUGGAUGUCCACCAACAAGACGAACAUUUAUCAGGUAUGAUCACUUACUUGAAUUAUCUGACUUCAUUCCGCCAUGUCAUUCACUGUUAACCAAUUACUGUAUGUAGUCAUGUAGAUGAAUUAAUAAUCUGUGUAGUGCACCAUUCCCCAAUUAACCAAAAUUUUGAUCUCAACAAGUCUAGACAAAAUUCCAUCAUAGCAUGAAAGAGCAUCACAAAAUUAGUAAUAUUCCAAAGUUUCGUUGCGAAAUGUUGUAAAAUGCGGAUAAUAUAGCCUUGCGAAAUUUGCAAUUUUCAGUCAAUUUUGUAUUACGCACAGAAGUGGUAACCAUUUCCCGUUUGUAAUCUAAAAUGACUGAAAAUUGCAAACUUCGCAAGGCUAUAUUAUCCGCAUUUUACAACAUUUUGCAACGAAACUUUGGAAUAUUACUAAUUUUGUGAUGCUCUUUCAAGCUGUGAUGAAAUUUUUAUCUGGACUUGUUGAGUUCAAAAUUUUGGUUAAUUGGGAAUGGUCCAUUAACGGAUAUUUUUUUAUUAAUGGCAGAGAUGCAAGAUCAUCUGACAGACCUUUCUCUGAGGUAAGUUUAUAAUAAGCAGUGAUUCAACACUGAUUGUCAUAAUGAUUUUCUUGAACUCAUAUGCCUUUGAUGCCUGUGAUGUUACUCUGAGUGUAUAUCCAGACCGGGCAAGCUUGAAAAAUAUGCCUGGCCACGAAGGGAAUGGAACCUACGAUUCCCACCGAUUUCAUCGAUUCCCACCCUGGCCAGACAUAUUUUUCAAGCUUGCCCGGUCUGGAUAUACACUCAGAGUAACAACACAAGCAUCAUAUUCACCUGAGUACAUUACAUCAACACAGAAAAAAACUAGAGGGCACUCAGAGACUGCAUACCUCCUUCCCCAUUGAAUUUCGAUCGUGUGAAAUGCAACUAAGACAAUAGAUAAUGAAGGCUGAAGCUUAAUGAGGUUUAUCAUCUCAGUAUUGUCUUAUUGUCUUAGUACUGCGUGCAUACAUUAUACACGUCCUAAUUACGCAUUCAGUGAGUUUUUUUUAAUUGACCGAGAAAAGCAAGACAAAAUUUUAAUUUUUAACCAAAUUCAACCAAAUUUUAAUCAGUUCUUCCUUAGCCGAUGGGAAAUGCACUCAAAAAAAUUCGUAUGAAUAUGUUUGGUAUUUCUUGAGUUAUCGUGCUCACAGACAAACACACACACACACACAUACACACACACAUACACACACAUACAAACCCAGAUGAUUACAUAACCUCCUGGCGGAGGUAAUAAAUUCAUAUGCCUUUGAAAACAACUACGGAAUGCGGAUUGAGAGAGAUACAGCUACCUGAAAAUUUAAAACAGAACUUCAAAAUUCAGUUUAAAUUUUUCAAGUAGUUGUAUCGUCGCUACCUAUACUGGCAUCAUGUGCCUUUACUUUUUGAUAGGAGCAAGAAGCCUUUUCUCUAAGGUUGUCAUCGGGCGAAAUUUUCUACCCUACUAUCUUUAUGUAAGUGUCUUUGAUUCGUUUUAUGAUAGCAAGCUGUAUGCCUUGUCAAUAAGUCUUCAGUACGUUAUGGUUGUAUUUUCCAGGUAUGAUGAAAAUGUUUUCAUUAGAAAAGUUUAUUCUAUAUUUCAAGUGGUGGAACUUAAUGCCAGGACCGAUUUUGCUGUUCGUGUCCAGCAGGUCAGUUAAAUGAUCACAUCAGUUAAGGAACACAUGUUAAACCUUAAUCAUUGGCGGAGAACAUUUGCAAAAUAUGGGGGGGGGGGGCGAACUUAGCUUGCCACCAUAUUACCACCUUUUGUUGCAGGAAGUCUCAGUUCUUUCAACAUGCAAUAUAUAGUUAUAGCCUCCUCCGCAGGCCUCUCUAUGAGUUCAAGCCUGCGAAUGGGUUUUGAAAAAAAUUCCCACCACCCGAUUCGUCGGGUGAGAUGCCUGCGGAGGAGGCUAAUAUAGUUAUAUAUUGUUACACAGUUAUCAGUUCAGCCAUCAUUCAAAGACUUUCAGAAAUUAUUGGGGGGGGCGACGCCCCCUUCGUCCCCUCUCCCCUAGUGUUCACCACUGGCCUCAAUAUUCUGUACAUUUUGUAUUAUUUGCUAUAUGACUUGGUGUAACACUAUUCGAGAACUAGAGUAUCUACCUAUUAUUUUAAUCUUAGAGCCAUAAUCGAGAUAUGACGAUCAUGUCGUUCGAUGGUAGUAGUGGCUCCUUUAGAUUUUCAUUGCGCUUCGAAGACAAAAAUAUCAGGUCAGUACUGCAACUUACCUCACAAGUCGCUGUGGCGUAGCUAGCGACCAUAGAGACCUCAAGAUUGAAGUUUACGGUAGACCGCAAACGGAAAACUUUAAGUCACAUUUGAAGGUAAGUUCCCCACGUUUUCGACAGCUAAGUAGCUGAUUCAUGCUUCAAUUUUAAUGCACAAAUUGCUCUAACUUCGAAAAGCUAACAGUUAACUUCAAAUUACGAUUUGAACUUUGUCGUUUGCUGUUAUACCAGUUGCCGUACACGCCAAUCUUAAUGCCUCUCGUAGUAAUGUAAGACGUCCUUGGGAAACCCAUUUUUCAUAAAAUACAAAGAAUUUCUGUACGUUUCUUGUUAAUUGAGUUUACCUGUACAAGCAAGAGAUCUGGAGCCGGUUGUUCAAAGCUGGAUUAGUGCUAACCCUGGGUUAAAAUUUAACCUGCUGUUUUAGUUUGUGUAUUUCUGCACAUCUAGCUGUUUCUUUCAAAACUUCAGAGAAGAAAAUUCUCAUUUAUCUACUCAAGAUUUCUGAAGAAAUAUUUCCAAGUUUGUUGGGAAAUUUGCUUUGACUUUUAGGUUAACCUAGGGUUAAGCUAACCUGCUUUUGAACAACCGCCCCCUGUUUUAGUUUAUGUAUUUCUGCACGUCUGUUUAUUUCAAAACUUCAGAGAAGAAAACUCCUACUGAUUCACACAAGAUCUCUACAGAAAUAUUUCCAAACUUAUCAACAAGCUGUUGUGAAGUUUACUUUUAAUUUUAGGUUAAAGUGCGACCAUAGGUGCGACUAACCCCAAAUAUAAGUUUUUGUAUGUGUAAUAUUUGGGUCAUUCUAAGAAGAAAUGUAACGCAUCUAUCUUUAUAGUAAAAACCCCAUCUUGAUCAACUUUUCCACUGUCAAAGUUUCCGAAUGUGAUGUCAUUGGGUGAAUUUUUGGUACAAAAAAACAAAGGAAAACUAAUUUGCAAUUCACCUAAUGACAUCAUAUCCGGAAACUUUGUCAGUGAAAAAGUUGAUCAUGAUGGGAUUUUUUACUAUAAAGAUAUAUUACAUUUCUUCUCAGAAUGACCCAAAUAUUACACAGACCUCUAAAAAUUAUAUUUGGGGUUAUUCGCACUUUAAGCUAGGGUUAAGCGAACCUUCUUUUGAACAACCGGCCCCUGGGUUCAUUUGUUACCCCCCCCCCCCAGAUUCACAAUUUUAGCCUUUACAUGCCUUGGAUUGAAAUGCCAUAUUGCCAUGUACUUUCAGUUUCUGCGAAACGAUCUUGGAAUUUGAUGUUUACGUGAAAGAAGAACGUGUCACGAACUAUUUCUACGUGGAGUUCGCAUGCGUGACGUUAAUCACGAUACUGUUCCUGACGUUUCUUGUCUUCAACUACAUGUUCUAUCGUAAACAAUUCUUACAACGUCAUGAAGAGGACGAUGAAGCUAAAAAUCGCUUGCAGGAGUUACAGUACGUAUGCACAUGUCACUUUUUGUCUUUAGCACUGAGUACAGAUCAGUGUUCAGACCACAGAUUAAGUGUGGACCAGAUGUGUAACUUCAGUAAAAAAAGUUGUCCCUGCAUGGUCGCCAUCUUCCUAGCAAGUGUGCUCGCGUGAUAAUUCGUCAUUUGGGUAAUACGUACGCCCGUAUUCUAAAAGCUCACUCACACUCAUUGAGUGGAGGUUCAAUCUGAGCUUCUCUCGAGUGUCAGUGCUGUUUUUGAAUAGCUGGAGGGUGAGUAGUCACAUAGUAAGGUAUGACACUCACCCUUCAGCUAUUCAAAAACAGCAUUGACACUCGAGAGAAGCUCAGAUUGAACCUCCACUCAUUGAGUGUGAGUGUUAGUGAGCUUUUAGAAUGGGCGUUAAUGUUACGCGCCAUCUUCCUAGCAAGUGUCAUGACGUGUACAGCUUUGGGGAAAUUUGAGAUACGAAAUCCCAUGAAGUUACACAUCUGGUAUGUACUUAAUCUGUGGUUUAAUCUGAGUCUAGGAACUUGGUUGUUGCAUUUUUUAUCCAGUGAGCUCUAUAUAUACUGAGCUCUAUAUAUACAGUCAUUCGGCCUGUGAGAAAAGGGAAGCCAAAAUGGCGGCCAUUGACAUUCAAUAGCUAUGAAGGUCGUAAACAGCUUCUAUACCAUUUUCCCAAGCUAAUGGACCAUUUGCAUUAUAGACUAAAUUUUGAUCUAGACAAAAAUUACAUCACAGCUUGAAAGAGCAUCACAAAAUUAGUAAUAUUCCAAAGUUUCUUUGCGAAAUGUUGUAAAAUGUGGAUAAUAUAGCAUUGCGAAAUUUGCAAUUUUCAGUCAUUUUGUAUUACAAACGGGAAAUUGAUGCCCCCAACACCCGAUUGGGCUGUCAAUUUUCCGUGCGUAAUACAAAAUGACUGAAAAACGGCAAACUUCGCAAGGCUAUAUUAUCCGCAUUUUACAACAUUUCGCAACGAAACUUUGGAAUAUUACUAAUUUUGUGAUCCUCUUUCAAGCUGUAAUGAAAUUUUUGUCUAGAUCAAAAUUUAGUCUAUAAUGCAAAUGGUCCAUUCAUCAGUUUUUUUCUAACGGACCGUAUCGCCAACGGCAACCAAAACCAUAGUGUUAUUCUUUAAAUCGAUGUCAAAAAUCAAAAUACGAAAUUUCGGCACACUCCUUGCCAAGAUGGCGGAAAUUGGACGUCAGUUCCAGGCCUUUCUAUUGUUUUUGUCUGCGCGGUUAACACGAAGCUGGCUCAAGUCUCGCCCGAGCUUGGGCCUGGGGACGAGGAUGGCUCGAGUUCUCGCUCAGAUAAACUCAGAUAUAUGUGCAGGUCACUGGGUAAAGACUGCCUCCUCCGCAGGCCCUCGUUGUGUUAUGGGAAGGUCACGAUUUCUCUCGAAAUCGGGCCUGCGGAAUCUUGUAAAAUGAAUAAAUGUUGUUUUGAACCUGCUUCGUUAAAGAAGGCCGUUUUAUUCGUGCAACGUUGGUGUGGACAACAAACCUUAUCGUUAAAAAAUCCUUCUUUCCACGUCCUUAGAGUCGCCAGUUUAAUUUACAAGUUUCAUGCCGCUUUUUCAUAUCUGUUUAUAUUCAAUAUUAUGUAGAAAUUUACUUGCUGACGUGACGCCUGCGCCAUUUUUUUACAAGAUUCCGCAGGCCCUCGCCAGAACGUGACCUUCCCAUGACGCAACGAGGGUCUGCGGAGGAGGCAGGGGUAAAGACCCUUUAAGAGUCUGGGAACGAGUUUAACGUAUUGUUUAUCAUACUUUUAGAUACUUGGCACAACUGCAAUAUUACCGUGCAGGCAACUCGGCUAAACCAGCCGCUCCUGUAGAAGCGACAUGUGAAGAAACAAAACGUCGCGCAGCCGCGUUAACUGGUAAGAACGAUCGUCGAGGGAAUCGUCGUUCCUCGGUGUUUGAGAGGGUUAGUAAGGGGGUAUUUGAGGAUCUAAGGGUAGAGCAAAGGUCGAAAAGUCUCCAAGAAUCCCCACGAGAACUCGAGGACCCUAGUAACUCGCUUUACGCUUCACGCAGAAAUACCAUCGCUGAGUAG